CUCAUCUGGUAUGCACCCUCCAGUUGCUUCUGCACCUUGGCGUGGAUUACCCGAAGCUUGUCCUUGGUCUGCAUUCCGGCCAUUUCAUGGUCGAUCAGAGACCUGAGUCGUCUGGCUAGUUGGUAGCUGGAACCGUUGAGGAACAUGUGAUGGCCGAAUACGGUGAUGAACGGCGCUUCCCCUGUGGCUGAGUUGACGGUGUUUCGGAUGGCCACCUCAAUCUCCGGCAAAUGUGCGUCCCAUUCCCGGUGAUCUUCGUCCAAGAAGCUGAGAAUUGCGGCCAAGACGUUCCGGUGUACCCUCUCCGCGGCAUUGCUCUGUGACGCCUUGGAUACGAACUGUUUGCCGUUGUCCGAAUGUAUCGCCUCAGGCACCCCAAACUUGUUUACCAGGAAAUUUACAACGUUCGACGCCGUCGCUUCCUUCAUCGCCUUUAAGAAGGUGUACUUGGAGAAAUGGUCCACCACGAUGAAUAUCCAGGCGUGUCCGCUCUUGGACCUCGGAUACUUGCCCAGGAAAUCGAUGUACAGUUUCUGGAAUGGCCUCUCCGUCUCAAACCCUGUUCCGAUUCCAACCUGCAUCCGGAAGCUUGGCGCUUUGGAUUCCUUGCACACCUCGCAACCCCGGACGUAUUCCCGUACCUGGAUAGUCAUUCCUGGCCAAUAGAACUGGCGUCGCAGGGUCUCCAAGGUCUUCGUCACCCCACCAUGGCCAGCCUUGGGGUCCGAAUGAGCACGCUCUACCAAGGUGUGCGUCAGGUUUUGCGGAAUCCACAACUUCCAUUCGGAUCCUUCCAAUUCCUCGUCCAUCUUCGGAUUACUCAUGCGCUUGAAGAUGAGUCCGCCGUCCACCUUGAGGUCCGUCCUCCGCAGCAAAAUCGGUCGUCUCGAAUCCCAGUAACUCCGUUGGAUCUAUCCGGACUUCCUCGAUGAUGCGGGAUAGCGUUCUCGCUGCCUUUGCGAUGUUCAAUGCUGAAAUCGUAGCCCUGCAGCUGGAGAGACCACCUUGCGAGUCGUCCGGACAGAUGCUUCACUGUCAUCAACCACUUAAGGCUGGCGUGAUCAGUGAUGCAUGUGAAGGGCAUCCCUUCCACAUACGGUCUGAACUUCCGAAUAGCUAGGAUGGCCGCCAGACAUUCCUUUUCCGUGACCGAGUAGUUAACCUGGUGUUUGUUCAUCUUGGCCGAGAAGAACGCGAUGGGCUGCUCGUCUCCGUCCUGGUUCCGCUGAAACAAUACCGCGCCGACGCCAACGUGGGAUGUGUCGCACUGGAUGUUUAAAUGAUUCCUGAAAUCCGCAUGAACCAGGACCGGCGCGCUCAUCAAGGCCAACUUCAGGUCAUCCACUGCCUGGGUGGUGCCUUCUUCAAGGACUCGGAGAGUGGUGCGACUAGCGUAGCAAAGUUCUUGACGAACCUUCGAUACCAUCCUGCUGUGCCGAGGAAGGCACGUACUUCCUUCAUGGAUUUCGGGUAAGGCAUCUUCUGGAUUGCCGAAACACGUUCAGGAUCCACCCGCAGCAGUCCACCUCCGACUAUAAACCCUAGGUAAGUCAAAGAUUUGAAGCAAAACUUCGACUUCUUUAACCCUAUGGUCAAUCCGGCUGAUUUCAGACUGUGGGCUACUCGACGCAAGUAUUUCAAGUGCGUCUGAAAAUCUAGAGCGAGGAUUAGCAGGUCGUCCAAGUAGAGGAAGACGUUGGAUCUGAGAUCCGCUGGUAUCACCCGAUCCAUGAGCCGCACCAAGCGUUGUGCCGCGUUGCACAGCCCGAAUGGCAUCAUUCGAAACUGGUACAACGGCCUGCCUGGAACCGUGAACGCAGUAUACUCCUGGCUUCUCUCAUCCAGUUCAAUCUGCCAAAACGCAAACUUCAGGUCUACGCUUGAGAUGUAAUGCGUCUGAUCUAUCC